UGCAAGUAAAGCCGGGUUGCUGGUGCGCGCGAGUUCGUCCCGCUUAAAAAUAAUUUCAAUAAAUAAAAUAUUGAUUUGAAUAGUUUUGCUAUACAACGCUGUUCUUAGACGUCAGCUAAGGAAGCAUGAAGGAAACAUGAAGCCUCAUGACCUUGUUGGCUAAGACAUUGCCCUGAUUAUAUACAUGGUGAAUGAUUCUCUGUGGUGGAUGCAAAUAUACUGUCCUAAACGUCAGUUUAACAAUAACUCGACAACAAUUAACUCCUAUUCAACAUAACAAGAAACUUAACAACAACAACAACAAAACACUAAUUCCGCUUACUCAACAACAAACACCAUCCAAUUGAUUAUUGUUUUAAUCCAAGCAACUAAAAACAAAGGAUUAAAAACUUUUUAAAAGCAAACAUCAACAACAACAACAACAAAGUGGAAUUGGUAUAAUCAACAACGAGCUUGAGAAAUUGCGUCUACAACAACAACAACUACCAACAGAAAAAGCUUAAAGCCGUUAAGAUAGAGAGUCUGUAAGAGAGAUAGAGAAAGAGAGAUUGAGUUUUAUUUUAUAUUUGUAUGUGUGCAUGUGAGAGUUUAAUUUCUGUGGUGAAUUAUAAAAAUAGGUUUUAACAUUAUUAAUUAUUGCAUACUUUUAGGCAGUUAGAAGUUUCAGUCCCAGUGUGACAGAAGGAAGAAAGCUUCAAAGAAAGAAACAAGAGAAAGACAGAGUGAGAGAGAGAACGAGAUAGAGAGAGAGAGAGAGAGAGAGGCUUCACAAAUCCCAGGGUAUUUUAGUUACUUACAUUUUGCAUUUUCGGCAAGUUGUACUUCAAUUUUCAAUUAUGAAAAUAACAACAAUGAAGUUUAAGCGCAAAUAUGGCUGUUUAGAGAAUAUUUGAAAAGAAUUUCUCAAUUUAUUAACUAAUUAAGAUUUUUUUUGUUUAGUUUUUGCAUUCGACUAUCGGUUUAAUUAUUACGUAGUAUUUGUAUAAGUUCCCAAAACUUUAUUUUUGCACAACAAAACUCGAAAAACAAAUAUUAUCCCAAUCAUUACCUACCUCUUCAUCAGAAAUUCAGAAUCAAUUUGUUAAACCUUCACCAUCUUCACCCACACCACCCCAACAGGUUUUUUCGUUUUGCACAUUUUUAAUCAGUUUUAGUGUGUGAGAAAGAGAGAGGGAGAGAGCAUAGAAAGCGUACAAUAUAUUUAGUUAGUUUGCAGCGAGAGAUAUAUACCCAUAUAUAUAUCUUUAUAGCGAAAGAGUGAUAGGGUUUGAUUUAUAUAUAUAUAUAUAUAGGAAAGUUUUGGGUGUGUUUUUUUUUCGUUUGUUUGUGUUUGUGUUGUUGCUGGUAGUAGUUGCUUCAGCACACAAACAUGGAUCCCUAUUCGCCGGAAUUACUAUGGAUGGUCGUUAUUGGCUUUAUAAUAGCCUUUAUCCUGGCCUUUGGCAUUGGAGCAAAUGACGUGGCCAAUUCGUUUGGAACUAGUGUUGGAUCCGGUGUCUUAACCAUACGACAAGCCUGCAUUUUGGCCACCAUUUGUGAAAUUUCUGGCGCCGUUCUAAUUGGUUACAAGGUAUCGGACACGAUGCGCAAAGGCAUUCUGGAAGUGGGCAUGUAUGAGGGAUCCGAGGAUGUGCUAAUGCUUGGCUGUGUGGCCGCUUUGGCCAGCAGUGCUAUAUGGCUGCUAUUGGCGACUUUUCUGAAAUUGCCCAUUUCGGGUACGCACAGUAUUGUUGGAUCGACCAUUGGUUUCUCAUUGGUAGCACGCGGCGUCGAGGGUUUAAAAUGGUCGACACUGGGCACCAUUGUCGGUUCAUGGUUCAUUUCGCCGGUGAUGAGUGGCAUUGUGAGCAUUCUACUAUUUCUGGCCAUACGUCGUUUCAUUUUGAGCGCUCAGGAGCCAUUGAAGGCUGGAUUCCGUUCGUUACCCAUAUUCUAUGGUGUGACAUUCUUCAUUAAUGUGAUAAGUGUUGUCCUGGAUGGACCGAAAUUAUUGUAUAUGGAUAAUAUACCCACUUGGAUAGCCAUUAGUGUCAGUGUGGGCUUGUCCCUGGUGGUGGCACUGCUUACCCAGCUGGUGGUUGUCCCAUUGCAACGUCGCAAGAUUGCCAAACGUUUGCGAGCCGAGAAUCCAGUUAAAUUCAAUUUCGAGGACUCUGUCGAAUCAUCGCCAUCUGGCAGUCCCAAGAAACAGCAACGUCGUCCUUUAUCGUUAGUUAGCGAGGGCAAACCUCUGCCUGCCAUUGCUGAGAUCACGGAACUGGUUUCCUUAAGCGACAACUCACCGAAAACCUUUAAAUUGGCUCCAUUUGGCUUAUCGGCUAAAAAUAAUAAUGCUCCUGCCGAUGAUUAUAAAAUAGAUCCUCAAUUGAUUAAGAAGGCCGAGGAUCUGUUGGGAAAAGCCAGCUUGGAUAAUACUGAUCUGACAGUUACCAGUCUAAAUUUCAUCGAUGAGCAGCAGCAGCAACAACAACGCCAAAAUGGACGCAAGCUUCAAGAGUGCUUUAAGCAUGUCCAAUCGCCCAAAGAGGAGCACAAACAACCUCAGCCACAGCAACAACAGCAGCAAUCAUUGCCACCGCCGCAGCAACAGCAACAACAACAACAACAACAACAACAGGUUGGCAGCGGUGGCACUGUAUCUAACAACAAUUUGCAAGUGGUGGAAAGUGCUGCCAGUCUCGAUCUUAUGAUCAAUUCUACAUUAUCGCCCAACUCCAGCAAGGUGCCAUUGAUCGAGAGCAAGGAAGCACUCAAUGAACAGGACGAUGAAUUCAAAGGGUCAGCCGGACGUCGUGUUAGCAAUGGCGAAGAGACACCAGAGAUUUCCAUGCUCUUCUCGUUUCUGCAAAUAUUAACCGCCACCUUUGGCAGCUUUGCCCAUGGCGGCAACGAUGUGAGCAAUGCAAUUGGACCACUUAUCGCCCUGUAUAUGAUUUAUUGCGAGGGUUCGGUACUGCAACGUGCAGAAAGUCCUAUUUACAUCCUAAUCUACGGUGGUAUUGGCAUCUCAGUGGGACUCUGGCUAUGGGGAAGGCGUGUUAUUGAAACUAUUGGCAACGAUUUGACAAAGAUUACCUCAUCGACUGGCUUUACUAUUGAAGUUGGCGCUGCUAUUACCGUUUUAUUGGCCAGCAAAAUCGGAUUGCCCAUAUCGACAACACAUUGCAAAGUUGGCUCAGUAGUUUUUGUUGGCCAUGUGAGUGCUUCAGGACGCAAGAAGAGUCAGAAAAAGCAAGAGGGCAAGCAGCACAAAAAAUCAAAGCAACAGCAAACUCCAGUUGAGAAUGGUAAACCUAUGGCUGAAGCAGCAGCAACAGCAGUAGCAGCAACAGAACAACCAGCACAAGCAAAAGAUCCCUCCACAAUGGUUGAUGGCAGUGUCGAUUGGCAUUUGUUCCGGAAUAUUGCCUAUGCCUGGAUAGUAACUGUGCCCGUUACUGCGCUCCUUAGCGCUGGCAUAAUGUAUGUCCUCUGCCUGAUGGCCGUUGACGAUUUGGGGCACACUUAAAGCCCGGACACUAGACAGUAAUUAUGGGCUUGCCAUUCAAUUAU